AUGGCAAACAAAUCCAUUUCUAAUUCAAGAUUCACUGAUCUCGACGAAGAACCGCACACGCUCUUAUUACCCAUUGAAGGCUAUCAACAUAUGAAAUUGAUGUCACUCGAAGAUGCCGUUCGAUCACUUCAUCCAAUAGUUGAUAAUUUAGAACGAAAUGUGUGGAUUGCAAAACAUAAUUGUAAAUCAGCGCCGGAUUCUCUAACAGUUGAUCAAUCAGCAUCUAUCCAUUUAUACACCAUGGAGUGGAAACCAAGCAGUAACAGUCUCUAUUCCAUUCUCAAUCGGACACUAAGGAAUGAGGAUCGUGACAGUUUGAUUCCAUGGUUUCCAUACCUGAAACUAUUUCUGACAGCUCUUCACAAUGUACCAUCUAUUGAGCAAGUGGUAUGGCGAGGAAUCAAAGCAGAUUUCAGCAUGAAGUUCGAUACAGGUCACACGUUUGUGUGGUGGGGUGUUAGUUCAUGCACAGAAUCCCUAGAUGGUCUGAACAAAGAGCAAUUUCUUGGCAAAACCGGUACAAGAACACUCUUCAGUAUUCAAUGCCACAAUGGAAAGAAGAUUCAUUCACAUUCGCACUUUAAAAACGAGCAGGAAAUUCUUCUGAUGCCAGGGACAUACUUCGAAGUGAAAGGUAAAGUAGAUGGUGGCUCGAACUUCAACAUUAUUCAUGUUGAAGAAACAACUCCACCAUAUGUGCUUUGUGAAUCCCCAUUCGACAAACUACAGUGCAAAAAUAAACGACUAGAACCAGAACUGCAAGCACUUCAUUCGAUUUCGGAAGUAAAGCUGCGGAAUCUCGGAAUUGACGAAGAAGACGCGCAAGUAUUGGCAAAGGCAUUGAAAGUGAAUAAAACUCUCACCACUCUUGAUCUUGGAGGGAACCAAAUAUCUGCUCGAGGAGGUGAAGCACUGGCAGAGGCAUUGAAAGUGAAUAAAACUCUCACCACUCUUAAUCUUCGGUCCAACCAAAUAUCUGAUGGAGGAGGUGAAGCACUGGCAGAGGCAUUGAAAGUGAAUAAAACUCUCACCACUCUUAAUCUUCGGUCCAACCAAAUAUCUGCUCGAGGAGAUGAAGCACUGGUAGAGGCAAUGAAACUGAAUAAAAGUUUACGUUUGUUUUACUGA